AUGUCAGCUUAUGAUCCCAGAAAGUCUGUCCUAGAGAGGUAAGUUUGGCAUCGCGUGUUUCUGGAAACAGAUAAUGUUGAGUACUCAAUGGCUGAAUAUAGAAUCGACUGGGAGGCUUAAAAGGUUUUGCAGUUUAAUUUUAAGUGAAAAAAAGUUUCUUUAAAUUCCUCAGUGAUCAAAUGAGCAUUUUGAACAUUUGGACUAAGUUUUAAACUUACUGGAGCUUGUUUCUAAUUUUUGAGUAUUUGAAAAAAAAUGUCUCUAGUUUAUAAUGACGCCCCUUCAAAAGUGCUGUUUAAGCUUAUGUUUAAUCGCAGGCAACAAGAGAAGCCCACAAUCCUAACCUCCAGGACAUUAAGUACUACGCAUGCGUGGCAUCUGUGUUGCCAGCAUUCAUUUGGACUUCCAAUAAAAAGGAAGGAAAAAAUUGCGUCAAAUUUCCUUUCCAUAUUCCUUUGCGAGAAUAAAUACACGGUGACUUGGUACAAGUCUGGGAUUUCUCUAGUUGGAGUAUAUGAAAGGGGUACCACAGGAAAUAAUAACGGAUUCCCAUUUUUGGAUAUUUUAGGGUAUUUAAAGAAUACCCAUAAAAAUCCCAAAUUUGGCAAAGUGAGACAAGUCCCAACGAGGGAAUUCCCAACCAAGUUCCCUGAUUGGGACUUGUCUCACUCUUCCAAAUUUGGGAUUUUUCUGGGUAUUCUUUAAAUACCCUAAAAUAUCCAAAAAUGGGAAUCCAUUAUUUUUUCCUGUGGGUGGGAAAAUCUGUCAUUUUGGUCUAAAAAUGGUUUACAGAUGCAUUUUGUGGCUGUCAAAAAGUCAAGAAAACGUCCUUUUUUUUAUUUAUUUAUUCAUUUUCACAGGAUAGUGCAUUAACAGCAGUUAAAUGGAAUGCAGUGUUCUAAACUAUAAUCCUGGACAAAAGUUCUUAUGACAGUACUGCAAUAUUCAUAUUUUUCUGUCAUUUCUCGGUUCACUCUUAAAACAGUGCAUCCUUUUCGAAAUUUUCUUGCAGUUCUCCCUUCCCCCCACCCUAUACAAAGUUCAAACCCCGAAAAAAUUCUGGAUACAUGUGUUCAACAUUGUUUGUGGGGUGAGAGGAGCUGUUGGACCUGUGUGAAUUGGAAAACACCCCAGAAAUGCAAAAACGUCUCAAGUCUCUUGUCCUCUUGUCCAUGAUUGUAGGUACCAUAUGUUAAAGGAGUACCAUUUGUCAGUAGACAUGGUAUACAAAUGUUUCUGUCAACAAUGGUAAAUAAAAAGGGUGAGCGGUUGGACAUCAUCAUCUCCCUGUAUAAUAUUUGGAGGACCCUUCACCACCCCACAGAGUUGGAUGAUGGAAAAGGUUUUUAACCCUUAAGUCUCAAUGGCGACCAACAUAAUUUUUCUCCUAACAAUAUCUAUAGAUUGUCAAGAGCAAAGUCUAGGAGAAUUAAUAAAUUGAUUACAAAGAGAUCAAUCUUUGAUCUUUUCUCAAAUUCUCUCAACUAAUUUUUUUUUUAGGAAAUGUAGGGAGAUCAAUCUCGAGAAUUUGUAUGUAGAUAUUGGGGCCAAAACCAAACUUGAUCACACAAUGUGAGGAGGUGUUGAGUACUUUUGAUGUUUUAUAAAUAACGGUGAUGGAUGAAGUGUAUUGGUGUGUUGGAUCUGUUUGAGAAGGGGUUGAAUUUCAAAUACAAAUGCAAAUAAAUUAAUUCUUUUGUAGGCUUAAAGAAAGAGAAAAGAAUAGGGAUUGGUCUACAGUAAACAAGUCCUUUCCAGCCUCCACUUAUCGUCGCUGGUCAGCUGAAUCUUACAGGGAGAAGGGGGAAAAGUUUGUUCCAUCACGAAAACCAAGCCCACAACAUCUGCCCAAGCUUGAAAACCGUCCAUCUUCAGCAGAUUCUCAUUAUGAUCAAGAUUUAAAACGGGGAAAUUUAACUGUCAUUCCUCCUGUACCUUAUGCACAUCAGCAUGGUGAAUUUUCGAGGUAUAAUAAACCCUAGCAAUAAGAGCCGUCUUAUUUUUGUCUCUUAAAAAAAAACCUAAGCUGUGCUGCUAGUCAUAAUGUUUCCUUGGAAGUAUUAUUAUUUUGCACUUCUCUAAAAUUGUCUAGAAAUGGAAGGAAAUCUCAAAAUAGUGGUAAGAUGUAAAUGAAUUAAGGAUGGCUAAGGAUAAAGAAGAUUUAGUCUUCUUCAUUAAUGUAUAUCAUAAACUACCUUUUGACAUACUGGUGGGAGGCAGCAUGGCUGAAUGGUUAGAGCACUGAAAUUGUGACCCACAGACCAUGAGUUCAAUCCCCACCAUAACUGCUGACUGGAUUUGUUCUUGGUAGUCCCGAGUACAAUUCCUCAGUCAUGCUUGUAUAAAGCAAACUGGUUUACUUCUGGCCAGUUGAAAUUCUUAGCCUUUUGGGUCACAAUAAAUACUACUGGUUUACCAUUAAUUGUGUUACCCCUAUAUUAAAGACAGUUGUUUUGGUAGCUCUGAGGUUGGACAUCGGUAAGUAAACAACAGACCAGGGGCCUGUUUCUCAAAAGUCCCGAUAACUUUUUGGCCCCAAAAAGCUGUUUUGUGUUUGCAUUCAAGAUCAAGGUUCCAAUAAUAAUUUUGAAAAUGAUAUAAUAAAGCAAAAUUGACUGGUUUGUGAGCUAGGAACUGUGCUACUGUUCAGCAACUUCUGAUUUUAAAAUUUGCCUUUGGGCCCAAAAAGCUUCUGGACCGUUUUCGAGAAAUGGGCCCCUGUUUAUUUUGGUUUAAAACUGAAAUUGGCUCACUUGGCUUUUAAUCUUUUAGGGGAUGGCCCACCAAAGCAAAGGAUACAAGAAAAGAGCAAGUAACUCAUCCAAAUCACCAUGGAGGCAAUUUCUACCCAGCCAUGUCAUCUAACUAUCCCUAUCCACCCAUGGCACCCCCACACCACCCCUCUGUGAUGUACCCAGUCCCUAUGAUCCCAAUGCAUGCUGGAUAUGCUCCUUGGUUUAUUCCUCCACUGGGCUACAGUGCUAUCAAUAAUGGAUUGGUCAAUGGUGCACUUUAUAGUCAGAGGUAAAUUUAAUGAAAGAGAAAGGUUUUUCAACUGGAUUCAAGGGAAAUUUUCCACUGUAAUGUGGUUGAAGAGCUGACAUUUCAAGGUCUAAUCAUUAAUUCAAUAUGAUUCUUUAAAAAGUCAAAUCACUGCAAGUAGUUAUUAAUAACUGUUGUUUUGUGGGCUGUGGCUUUGAGAACUUAGACAUUAAAUUUUGUUUUUCUUGCUAGACCUCCCAAUCAGCUUUCAAUGUCCCAGGCAGCUCUGAUUCUGCAAAAAUAUACCAGAGGCUGGCAAGUAAGAAAGGUAAUAAUAUUUAGAAUAUUUAUAAUAUUUAGUAUUUUUCUCAAUGAUUAAAAUAUUAUUAUUAUUAUUAACAAAAUUAUUUUAAUUUAUUAAUAGAUACAAUUAGAUUUUAUCUGGUUUUGUAUUCUUUUAUUAAUUGUUUUUUCUGUAAUAUUUUUUCUCUUCUCUUACGCCCAUCUCAACUGGCUCAGAAGCUGAUUACGGGCAUACAUGUAAAGGAUUGUUUUUUUUUGUUGUCUCCAAUGCAGGUGCUCUUUGUGUUGUCAUGCAUAAAUGAUCCUCCCCACUGAAACUGUGGGGAGGAGUAUGGUAUAACGAGGCCCUGCCAGGGUGGGUCUCAUGUCGCCCGUCUGAAUUUUAAAACGUCUCAUGUCGGUGUUUGUAAAUGCUUGUCGCUGAUUGUCAGCUUUGCCAUCACUGUCGCAAUUUGGCCGAGGAAGGUUGUCUCUUGUCGCGAUUUCAUUUUACGCGCUGUCGCUACUUUUUGGGCCAUGUCGCUUGUCGGAAUUUACCCUGGCAGGGCCUCUAUAAUAACACGAACAACAGGCCCCAGGUGGAUAGUGCUAUCCACUGGGUAAAUGACUAUCCAGCAGAUAAGUCUUAGGAAAAACCAAUUGUGCUAUGUACUGGUUAGAGAUUAAUCCAGUGGAUAGCACUAUCCACCUUUUGAACAACUGCAGCCAGAUGCAUAAAUGACUUAAGGUCAAAUUCUGUCAUCAUGAGAAAAGUCAACGUCCAUGUGAAACGAUCCACUUCAAACAACCAAUUAUCAACAUUUUAAAUUUGUUUUAUACGGUCAAAGCACUGUGGUUGUAAUCUCUCAUAUGCAAGCACCUUUGUAAGUCAUCAUCAAUUCUAGCUGGUUUACAAGAUUUUUAACCAGACAAGUUAAGCAGAAAUGAAUUACAGUUUUCAACACUCUGGUUUCUUUGCAUGAUGGCUUAACAGGGUCCAAAGUUUGCAUUUUGGCGGUACAUGUGUGACAAAAAGCAUUCUAGAAGAUUUGUAGAUGACUUGAUUGAAAGCUUCUUGGCAGAUGAAAUCAUUCCUGAUGUCUUGAUUGAUGUUCUAUCUGGUAAAAAAUUCCUGGUAAAUACAACCACAAAUUUAUUGCCUUAUUAACACUCUACUUAAUUAUAUGAUUUGUUAUAUAGCAGGAAGUUUCUUCCCAGCAGUGUGUGCUCUCAUUGGAUACUUUGAGAUCACAUGACAUCUAACUAUGAAACUGUUUCCUGCCAAAAUCUCUAAGCGGGCAUUAUUGCAAAAUCUAUGACAUCAGAGGGUAACAGUGCGCUGUUACCUGUGAAUGUUGACCGACAACCACCGUUACAGUGAUGUUUAAUGAAUUUCCAGCUUCAAAAUUUCCAGCCAUGUAACAAAUCACUUUAAAACUGGUCCCUUGGGAAACAGUUAAUUUUGUUUUCUCUGACCUCAAUGUUUCCCUCUUCUUCGCUUUGGAAAACUCUGAGAUUUCCAGGAAACAAAAUUAACUGUGUACCUCGGGACCAGUUAUUAAGUGUUUAUAAUGUAAUAUUAUUUUGUCCACUGGAACUGUGGUAAUUAGCUAGUAGAGCACUCUCUCUCAGUUUUGAUGGAUCUAUCACCUUUUUUAGUUCCAUUUUCGUAUUGUUCCUUAUCAGGAAGUAGCCAGGCCUCAUGCUCACAGUAGCUGGAGGAAAUUCCCCCCACCCACUGUCCCCCCGGCCUUAAUGAUGGCCCUGCCACUAAAAAGAGGGCGGCUGCUUAAUAUGAGACUCUUGGAUAGAGGUUUGACUUUGAUUACAAACUUAAGCACCAGCUCACACCCAGCAAUGUCAUAACCAUUCCCUAUUCUGAAAUUAAAUUUAUAGCCUGUAUUCAGUUGCCCCCUCUCCUAAAAAAUCUCUCUCUUCCCAUUUUUUGAGGGAAUUAGGCAUCUGUCCUCAGGCUCAAAAUUCCGCUUGAAACCAUGAAAUAUUUUACUAUUUGAAGUCAGAGUUGGAACUGAGUUAUUAAAAGGUCACUUAUUUUUCAGUCAGUUCAAGAUCCCAAAUACAAAGCCAGUGAGAGAGUUGUCAAUGACAUUAUCUAUCAGGAUGUCACUGCUUUCAUUCAGGAGAUUGCUCUAGCAGUGUUUUAUUCUCAAGGUUCAAGGUGAGAUAUUUUUCGUCAAAUAUAUGUAAUAUUUUUCAUUCAUUUGCUUGUACAAUUACUGUCGAGAGAGACUUACAUGUAAAGAUUGCUUCCAACUGCUCCAUUGUUACCAUUACCUUUUCAAUGUAAAAAAAAGUACCACAAAAAAGUACUACUCAGUAGCUUUCAUUUGAAUGGUCACACGUCAGGAUUUCAACCUCAGAAUCAAAAGUUAGAACCACCUUGUACAGCGUAAUACACAGUACCAGGGGAGAGACAUAGACAACAAACAGUCUCUACUUUUCCUUAGUCAGUCAAGCAAAAUGCGCGCGAGUAUGGUAGAAAAUGGGGUAGUUUCUUGCUGUUGCAGACGGGUGCAAUCAACAAAUGACGUAAUACACAAGAUUGAAAAGACACUUUACAAUACCCACACCACAACCCAAAAAACACCUGAAAAUUGCCACGCACGCGGCCAAAGCGCGCAAGAUGUCACAUUUAAGAAUCUGAUAGUUUCUUGGUGUUGAAGAGAUUGAAAAUACACCGAACAGUACCCACACCACAACACAAAGAAACACCUGAAAAUGACCACGCACAAGAUGUCAUGCUUAAGAAUCUUUUUGUUUUUCAACAGCUCUCUGUCCAGAAGAGAUCCUGCCGUAAGAGUGUCUGCUGAUAUUGUUAAUGAGGUUGUCAAGGAGUCUGCGACUCAAAUCAUACUGUCUAUAGUGGAUGAAAUGGUCAGAGAUCACAUGACUGUAAUAAAGACUGGUGAUUGGCUUGAGGACUUCAUUCUGGAAGCAAUAGGACCCAUGCUUCCUAGAGUGGUAGGGCCAUCUUUUCUUUUUUCUAUGAAUUAAUUAAUUUUUUUAUUUAUCUAUUUACUUAUUUAUUUGUUUGUUUGUUAAAUCGAUUCUUACCUGCCUCUAGCAGGUGUUUUCACCUUUCUGUUCAAACUCACCAAUAUCUGCAAAUGUUUGGAACAUCCUCAGUCUACAUCUUGGUAAAUCUUCCAUGAUAUUUUGUAUCUUUAUAAAAUACAUUCAGCUGUAAUAACUGUCAAUUCGCUUGAGAUGUUGAUAUAUUGAAUGUACUGGAAAAAGAGAGAAAAAUUCCAACCCCCUGACACACCUUCAGACAUUUUGUAAAUAAAAAACUAACGAAAUAAAACCAUUUGUAGUUUUCAAAUUCACCAAGGCUGUGCUCUAGCAAAGCAAGAUGGCUCCUGGCUCCUAACUUUUGCCUCUAGGCAACCAAAAACUCUUAGUUCUGUUUUCACAGAAAUUGUAUACUUUGCACCCUGGAAUUCAUAUGUUCAGAGCACUAGACUCCAUUCAUAUUGGAGCACAGCCUUGUUGUUCACUGAUGUUCAUUUUGUUAUAUUGUCUUCUUGGUUUAGCAGACUACUUCUUUCUUUAGCCAUAUCAAUUUAGUCCAAAACUUGUGCUGCAGGUUUUUGAAGCGCUACAGCAAUCUCAAGAUGAUUCACUUAUUAACAGCAUUAUUGAUGAGGUGAUGGAACCUCAGCUAAGACAAGUUAUUAUCGAGGCGUGGCGCGAUGUGGCUGAUGUCAAUCGAAGUGGCUGAUGUCAAUCCUUCUCCCUCCCCACCCCAUGUCAAAAAUACAAGAACGUAAUUCUGAACAUAACCUGUAUAAUGCCUUCUCCUUUUAUCAAGCUUAUUCCAUCUCCACCCCACCCUUUAUCCUCCACAAAACGUAUACUACACAAAAGAAAGGUACAAAAAGUGAGCAUAGGUUGUUUCAUCAUUCCUUGUUGUGCUCCUUGCUCCCUCUUACCUGUAAAUGACUGCAAAAUCACGGCCUUGUGUCUGACAAAUAUGUCUCCGAAGCAUCAAAUCAGAUGUUAAAAACAGCGAAACUGAACUUUUAAUCUUACUCAAGCUUGUCCAUCUGUGCCCUCCUCUGUAGUUAUACCUUCUUUUAAUGUUUCAGACCUUUGUUCUUUAUUUUUCAUUCAAUAUGGUAACAUUUUUUUUUGGCCACUGUUUCAAGUUUGAUAAAUUUCUCAACACCUCUGAGCUCUCCUCACCCACCAUUAUCAUCCAGGUUGAAAUCCCGGUGUCGAUGCCAUAUUUGGUUUCACUUUGUUGUUGCAGGUUCUCUCCCUUACUAAGAGAGGUUAAUUUUUUUCACAGGGUACUCCGUUUUCACGCUCUCUAAAAACCAACAUAUCCAAAUUCGAAUUUGACUAGGAAUCAGGUAGACAAAGAACCACUGUUUGGAUGUGCUACCUCUUUAUCGUUAUUUGUUUAUUUGUUUAUUUAUUUUUUGUAAAGAACCUUCUUCCCCUAUUCUCCCAUCCAUGUGCAACUUGUUCCCACACUCCCUUUGGGUGGUAGGACAACUAGGGUGACAAAGGUGACUUGGGUAACAAAGGUAACUUGGCUGACUUGAGUGACUAGGGUGACGAGGUUGACUUGGGUAACUUGGGUGAUUACGGUAACUUGGGUGUUCAGGGUGACUUAGAUUACUUGGUUGACUUGGGUUACAAGGGAGACUAUGGUGACUUGGGUUACUACGGUGACUUGAGUGACUAGUUUAACUUGGGUGACGAGGGUGACUUGGGUUCCUUGCAUUACUCGGGUGACUAGGGUGACUUGGGUGAUUAGGGUGACUUAGAUUAGUAGGGUGACCAGGGUGACUUGGGAGACUAUCUUGGGCGAUUACGGUGACUUGGGUCAGUAGGGUGACUAGGGUAACCUGGGUGAUUAGAGUGACUUGGGUGACUAGGGUGACUUGGAUGACUUGGGUGACGAGGGUGACUUGGGUGACUACAGUAACUUGGGUGACUUGGGUGACUAGGGUGACUACGGUAACUAGGCUGACUUAGGUAGGAUGAGUAGGAUGUACUUGGGUAUCUAGGGUGACUUGUAAAACAGUCAUGGUGGAACAGUCAUGAUCGAACAGUCAUAGUGGAACAGUCAUGGUGGAACAGUGAUGGUGAAAUAGUCAUCGUUAAACAGUGAUAGCGGAACAGUAAUGGUGGAACAGUCUUAGAGGAACAGUAAUGGUAAAACAGUCAUAGUCGAACAGACAUGGUGGAACAGUCAUGGUAUAACAGUCAUGGUGGAACACUCCUGGUGGAACAGUAAUAAUGGAACAGUCAUUGUGAAACAGUGAUGGUGGAACAGCAAUGGUGGAACAGUAAUAGUGGAUCGGUAACGGUGGAACACUCAUGGUGGAACAGUCAUGGUGGAACACUCGUGGUGGAACAGUAAUAUUGAAACAGUAAUACUGGAACACUAAUGGUGAAACAGUGAUAGUGGAACAGUCAUGGUGGAACAGUAAUAGUGGACAGUAAUAGUGGAACAGUUAUGGUGGAACAGUCAUAGUGCAACACACAUAGUGGAACAGUCAUGGUGGAACACUCCUGGUGGAACAGUAACAAUGGAACAGUCAUUGUGAAACAGUGAUGGUGGAACAGUAAUGGUGGAACAGUAAUAGUGGAACAAUAACGGUGAAACAGUCAUGGUGGAACACUCGAGGUGGAACAGUAAUAUUGGAACAGUAAUGCUGGAACCCUAAUGGUGGAAAAGUGAUAGUAGAACAGUCAUGGUGGAACAGUAAUGGUGGACAGUAAUAGUGGAACAGUCAUGGUGGAACACUCCUGGUGGAACAGUAAUAAUAGAACAGUCAUUGUGAAACAGUAAUCGUGAAACAGUAAUGGUGGAACAGAAAUAGUGGACAGUAAUAGUGGAACAGUAAUGGUGGAACAGUAAUGGUGAAACAGUAAUGGUGGAACAGUAAUAGUGGAACAGUAAUGGUCGAACAGUAAUAGUGGAACAGUAAUAGUGGAACAGUAAUAGUGGAACAGUAAUAGUGGAACAGUAAUAGUGGAACAGUAAUGGUGGAACAGUAAUAGUGGACAGUAAUAGUGGAACAGUAAUAGUGGACAGUAGUAGUGGAACAGUAAUAGUGGAACAGUCAUGGUAAAACAGUGAUGGUGGAACAGUAAUGGUAGAACAGCAAUUGUGGAACAGUCAUGGUGGAACACUCGUGGUGUCACAGUACUAGUGAAACAGUGAUGGUGGUGCAGUCUUGGUAGAACAGUGACGGUGGAAAAGUCAUGGUGGAACAGUGACGGUAAAACAGUACUAGUGGAACAGUGACAGUGGAACGGUCAUGGUAGAACAGUAAUGGUGGAACAGUAAUAGUGGAACAGUAAUGGUGAAACAGUAAUAGUGGAACAGUAAUGGUGGAACAGUAAUAGUGGAACAGUAAUAGUGGAACAGUAAUGGUGGAACAGUAAUGGUGGAACACUCCUGGUGGAACAGUAGUAAUAGAACAGUCAUUGUGAAACAGUGAUGGUGGAACAGUAAUGGUGGAACAGUAAUAGUGGAACAAUAACGGUGAAACAGUCAUGGUGGAACACUCGAGGUGGAACAGUAAUAUUGGAACAGUAAUGCUGGAACCCUAAUGGUGGAAAAGUGAUAGUAGAACAGUCAUGGUGGAACAGUAAUGGUGGACAGUAAUGGUGGAACAGUCAUGGUAUAACAGUCAUGGUGGAACACUCCUGGUGGAACAGUAAUAAUGGAACAGUCAUUGUGAAACAGUGAUGGUGGAACAGCAAUGGUGGAACAGUAAUACUGGAACAAUAACGGUGAAACAGUCAUGGUGGAACACUCGAGGUGGAACAGUAAUAGUGGAACAGUAAUAGUGGAACAGUAAUAGUGGAACAGUAAUGGUGGAACAGUAAUAGUGGAACAGUAAUAGUGGAACAGUAAUAGUGGAACAGUAAUGGUGGAACAGUAAUAGUGGAACAGUAAUGGUGGAACAGUAAUAGUGGAACAGUAAUAGUGGAACAGUAAUAGUGGAACAGUAAUGGUGGAACAGUAAUGGUGAAACAGUAAUAGUGGAACAGUAAUAGUGGAACAGUAAUAGUGGACAGUAAUAGUGGAACAGUAAUAGUGGAACAGUCAUGGUAAAACAGUGAUGGUGGAACAGUAAUGGUAGAACAGCAAUUGUGGAACAGUCAUGGUGGAACACUCGUGGUGUCACAGUACUAGUGAAACAGUGAUGGUGGUGCAGUCUUGGUAGAACAGUGACGGUGGAAAAGUCAUGGUGGAACAGUGACGGUAAAACAGUACUAGUGGAACAGUGACAGUGGAACGGUCAUGGUGGAACAGUAAUAGUGGAACAGUAAUGGUGGAACAGUAAUGGUGGAACAGUAAUAGUGGAACAGUGAUGGUGGAACAGUAAUAGUGGAACAGUAAUAGUGGAACAGUAAUAGUGGAACAGUAAUAGUGGAACAGUAAUAGUGGAACAGUAAUAGUGGAACAGUAAUAGUGGAACAGUAAUAGUGGAACAGUAAUAGUGGAACAGUAAUAGUGGAACAGUAAUGGUGGAACAGUAAUAGUGGAACAGUAAUAGUGGAACAGUAAUAGUGGAACAGUAAUAGUGGAACAGUAAUGGUGGAACAGUAAUAGUGGACAGUAAUAGUGGAACAGUAAUAGUGGACAGUAAUAGUGGAACAGUAAUAGUGGAACAGUAAUAGUGGAACAGUAAUGGUGGAACAGUAAUAGUGGAACAGUAAUGGUGGAACAGUAAUAGUGGAACAGUAAUGGUGGAACAGUAAUAGUGGAACAGUAAUAGUGGAACAGUAAUGGUGGAACAGUAAUAGUGGAACAGUAAUGGUGGAACAGUAAUAGUGGAACAGUAAUGGUGGAACAGUAAUAGUGGAACAGUAAUGGUGGAACAGUAAUAGUGGACAGUAAUAGUGGAACAGUAAUAGUGGACAGUAGUAGUGGAACAGUAAUAGUGGAACAGUCAUGGUAAAACAGUGAUGGUGGAACAGUAAUGGUAGAACAGCAAUUGUGGAACAGUCAUGGUGGAACACUCGUGGUGUCACAGUACUAGUGAAACAGUGAUGGUGGUGCAGUCUUGGUAGAACAGUGACGGUGGAAAAGUCAUGGUGGAACAGUGACGGUAAAACAGUACUAGUGGAACAGUGACAGUGGAACGGUCAUGGUGGAACAGUAAUAGUGGAACAGUAAUGGUGGAACAGUAAUGGUGGAACAGUAAUAGUGGAAUAGUGGAACAGUAAUGGUGGAACAGUAAUAGUGGAACAGUAAUAGUGGAACAGUGAUGGUGGAACAGUAAUAGUGGAACAGUAAUAGUGGAACAGUAAUAGUGGAACAGUAAUGGUGGAACACUAAUAGUGGAACAGUAAUGGUGGAACAGUAAUAGUGGAACAGAAACAGUAAUGGUGGAACAGUAAUAGUGGAACAGUAGUGGAACAGUAAUAGAACAGUAAUAGUGGAACAGUAAUAGUGGAACAGUAAUAGUGGAAUAGUGGAACAGUAAUAGUGGAACAGUAAUAGUGGAACAGUAAUGUAAUAACAGCAAUAGGAACAGUAAUAGAACAGUAAUGGAACAGUAAUAGUGGAACAGUAAUAGUGGAACAGUAAUGGUGGAACAGUAAUGGUGGAACAGUAAUAGUGGAACAGUAAUAGUGGAACAGUAAUAGUGGAACAGUAAUGGUGGAACAGUAAUAGUGGAACAGUAAUGGUGGAACAGAACAGUGGAACAGUAGUGGAACAGUAAUAGUGGAACAGUAAUGGUGGAACAGUAAUAGUGGAACAACAGAACAGGAACAGUAAUAGUGGAACAGUAGUAGUGGAACAGUAAUAGUGGAACAGUAAUGGUGGAACAGUGAAUAGUGGAACAGUAAUGGUGGAACAGUAAUGGUGGAACAGGAACAGUAAUGGUGGAACAGUAAUGGUGGAACAGUAAUAGUGGAACAGUAAAUAGUGGAACAGUACUGGAAACAGUAAUAGUGGAACAGUAAUGGUGGAACAGUAAUAGUGGAACAGUAAUAGUGGAACAGUAAUGGUGGAGUGGAACAGUAAUGGUGGAACAGUAAUGGUGGAAACAGUAAUAGUGGAACAGUAAUGGUGGAACAGUAAUGGUGGAACAGUAAUGGUGGAACAGUAAUAGUGGAACAGUAAUGGUGGAACAGUAAUGGUGGAACAGUAAUAAUGUGGAACAGUAAUGGUGGAACAGUAAUGGUGGAACAGUAAUAGGAACAGUAAUAGUGGAACAGUGGAAACAGUAAUGGUGGAACAGUAAUAGUGGAACAGUAAUGGUGGAACAGUAAUAGUGGAACAGUAAUGGUGGAACAGUAAUAGUGGAACAGUAAUGGUGGAACAGUAAUAGUGGAACAGUAAUGGUGGAACAGUAAUAGUGGAACAGUAAUGGUGGAACAGUAAUAGUGGAACAGUAAUGGUGGAACAGUAAUAGUGGAACAGUAAUAGUGGAACAGUAAUAGUGGAACAGUAAUGGUGGAACAGAACAGUAAUAGUGGAACAGUAAUGAACAGUAAUGGUGGAACAGUAAUGGUGGAACAGUAAUGGUGGAACAGUAAUAGGAACAGUAAUAGGAACAGUAAUAGUGGACAGUAAUAGUGGAACAGUAAUAGUGGAACAGUAAUAGUGGAACAGUAAUGGUGGAACAGUAAUAGUGGAACAGUAAUAGUGGAACAGUAAUGGUGGAACAGUAAUAGUGGAACAGUAAUGGUGGAACAGUAAUAGUGGAACAGUAAUAGUGGAACAGUAAUAGUGGAACAGUAAUGGUGGAACAGUAAUGGUGAAACAGUAAUAGUGGAACAGUAAUAGUGGAACAGUAAUGGUGGAACAGUAAUAGUGGAACAGUCAUGGUAAAACAGUGAUGGUGGAACAGUAAUGGUAGAACAGCAAUUGUGGAACAGUCAUGGUGGAACACUCGUGGUGUCACAGUAAUAGUGAAACAGUGAUGGUGGUGCAGUCUUGGUAGAACAGUGACGGUGGAAAAGUCAUGGUGGAACAGUGACGGUAAAACAGUACUAGUGGAACAGUGACAGUGGAACGGUCAUGGUGGAACAGUCAUGGGGGAACAGUGAUGCUGGAAGAGUUUUGGUGGAACGGUCAUUGUGGGGCAGUAAUAGUGGAAAGGUGACGUUGGUACAGUGAGGGUGGAACAGUCUUAGUGGGACAGUCAUGGUGAAACAGUUUUGGUGGAACAGUCAUGGUGAAACAGUCAUGGUGGAACAGUGAGAGAAUUUUGACUAGGGUGACUUGGGUGACUCGGGUGAUCUCGAUAACUAGGAUUACUGCGGUGACUAGGGUGACUUGGGUGACUAGGGUGACUUCUGUGACUAGGGUGACGUGGGUGACUGGGGUGAUGCGGGUGACUAGGGUGACUUGGGUGACUAUUUUAACAUUGUUGACUUGGGUGAGUAUGGUGACUUGGGUUACUAGGGUGACUAGGGAGAUUUGGGUGGUUAAGGUGAGUCGUGUGACUUUUGUGACUAGGGUGACUAAGGUGAGUAGGUUGUCUUGGGUGACUUGGGUAGGGUCACUUGGGUGAUGAGGGUGACUUGGGAGAUUAGGAUGACUAGGGUGACUCUGGUGACUAGUGUGACCUCGGUGACUAGGGUGACUUUGGUGACUAUGUUGACUUGGGUACCUAGGGUGACUGGGAUGACUAGGGUGACUUGGGUUACUUGGGUGACUGGGGUGACUCGGGUGACUUGGCUGACUAGGGUGACAAGCGUGACUAGGGUGACUAGUUUAACUCUGGUGACUAUGGUAUCCUGGGUGACUUAUUUAACCUGGGUGACUGAGGUAACUUUGGUGACUUGGGUUGCUAGGGUGCGAUAAGAACUAAAUUGGAGAAUAGUAUGAUGGGAGUUGUGAUCCAUAACUCAGUUUCGAUUCUACGAUUAUUUUGAUUCUGGGGUCUCGUUUCCCGCUUUUUCGAUUCUUAUUCUUGCUUGAAGAAUCAUAUAAUGGGAGCGUUGUCUUUAAUACAAGUUUUCUAAAUCGCAGAAUAUUAAAAUUAGAUGAAAUAUGCAGUGCUAAAUCUGAGAAUUGUACCCCUAAAUCGGGUCACUUUUUGCGCCGCUCUCGCCAUUUCAACGAGGUUACACUGUGAAGCGAGUGUGUGAAUAAGUACUUUUUUCUGUUUCAGGUGUCGAUAUACGCUGAGGAUCACCUUCUGGAUGCUCUGUUUCUUCAACACCUUUUGAGUCAGUUGACGGGUGAUAACUUGUCUCUGUAUUUCAAUGACUACACGGACCAGCUGUUAGAUGGUGAGUCACUAUACACCACACUCAAAACGAAUUUAACUAUUGUAGGCACCACAUCCAGCCAUUUCGCUACAAAGCGUCUCGCUACAGGACGUUUUGCUACAGAGACGUCUCAAUUCGCCAAGGCUUUUUUAUUCGCUACUCCCAAAUUGCCCUAGCUUUCUAGCGCGACAUAUUUCUGCUCGUUUCUUCUCGCCACCCAAAAGGUUACUUUUGGGGUGGAGGGAAUUUCAAGCCUAAGUUUAUCUUCACUCUAAACCGGACAGCUCCUAUACCGGUCUAGUGUGAACAACAAGGCGCAGAACUGGAAUAAGUCGUUCACACACAUCGAUCACCGUGCCCAAGCGGUUGGCCGAGAGGGUCUGGUGCAGUAAAUCCCAGUCCUCACUCCUGAUUAUUUACUUCCGGUCCAGUGGGUUCCAGUCCUCACUCCUACUUAUUCACUUCCGCUACGGUCCGAAUACCUGUUCAUACUACACCGAAGUGUGGCACAGAACCUAUCCGAUAUGGGACGCUUGACUUUCGAGAUCGGCGCGAGGCAACUUCACUCCGUUACAGAAAUCGCCGUUCUUAGGUGUGAACACAAGCCCUAUGCGGUAUGGUUGUCACUUCUGCCGGCGUAGGAGUCAUCUGGUAUUAUGUAAACACAGCCUAAUACACCGGUCUAAUACACCUGGUUGUAAUUACAGGUCUGAUCUGUGGUAUGCUGACUCAUCAGUACUUAGCUGUAGGCGAUGAACAAGAAGCAACACAAAGCAACGCAGGAGUGAAAGAACUUCAUGAAGAAAUAUUUUGUGAUGUGGUAAGAACAGCAUUCUGUCUACAACUUUUUAAAAGGCUAUGUCAAGAUUCUGUACUGAAGUCAUUACUUAGUGUCUUUCCCCACACACAAAAUACUCCUGUAGAGUUAUGAAGUAUAUUGAUAUCAAACAAAUUUCAUAAGGAAACACUAACCAUAAUACUUUGUUUGGUGAUCUUUGCAGGAAUACCAAUAAAGCUUUAAGACGGAAUCCAUCAGGAAAUUUAUUUUACAUUUUUCAAGGGCUAUCGAUAUUUAACAAUUAUUCCUCAAGCCCGAAUGGGUUCUGAGUCAAUAGGCUAUUGACUCACAGGCCAUGAGGGCGAGAGGAAUAAUUGUUUUAGUAGAAUCCAACUAGUUGGUAAAAAAUAUCGAGGCAAGACAAUUUAAGCUACCAAAACGCGAUUCAGCCGCCAUCGUUUUGGUUUUCAAAGCCGGCGCUUUUCGCUACUAGUAGGCUAUAACAUAUAGCCUAGUAGUAGCUCAACCAAUCAAAACGCAGCAUUGAUAAUAGACCACUAGUUGGAUUUUACUAAAAUUAGUUAUCUGUAAUAACACCAAAGACUAUUUCUCGUGGGAGCCCGAGAAAAUAAAUGUCAAAUUUCACAAGAAUUGUGAAAACACAGGUAAAAUUCUGAAAAUUUCAUGUGUAAGAUGUCAUUUUGUGAAAUUUGACAUUUAUUUUCUCGGGCUCUCAUGACAAAUUUCCUUUGGUGUUCUUGCAGAUAACUAAUUACAUCUGUAGGCCUUGAAAAAUGUAAAAAAUAAUGCGAUAUUGUUCAAAUUAUUCUGGUACAAGGUUUUUGUCCACUGAAAAUUAAAAUUACUUAAUUUCCUGAUGGAUUCUGUCUUAAAACGUUGGCCCAAUUUUUUCAAACUCCAGUCCAUGUCCAUCCUCGCCAUCCGUAGCAAACGGCGACGGGAAACAGUUUCAAUGCCUAAACAUAGUCUUCAAUAACAAAACUGUACCAAUAUGCUGGGGAAAAUAGACCUUUUCACGGUUUUUUUUAACUUUUUAUAUGGACCACUUAGGGAAAAUCCGUCGACACCUCUGAAAAGACCGCCUCAAAAAUAGUAAAAUUGCUGAAUUUGAAAGUGAUAGGUCUUUAUUAACGUGCGACUAUACAGCUCCGCAAAGUUGCGAAAAUUUACAGACGUUUGUAUCCUGGGGGCAAGUUUGUGCCCCCUACCACACAAACGUCUGUAAAAUUUCGCGAAUUUUGAAGAGCUGUAUCUUUGUAAGCUUUCAACAAAUCGCUUUCAAACUUGGUAAUUUUAUUAAUUUUAAGGCGCUCGUUUAUGUGGUGUCGACAGAUUUUCCCGAACUUGUCCAUGUCAAAAGUUGAAAAAAAACCGUGAAUAGGUCAUUUCAGUUGAUAUGAAGCGACGCUUUAACUUUUUUAUAAAGACAGCAAAUAGCGUGGCAUACCGGUAGCCCCUUUAAGCUUUUUAACUGAGUCUGAUCAUAUAAUUAUUGUGAGGCAUGGUGGUGAGUGAGUGUGGUAAGUGUGUAUCAGGUCGUUUCGCCCCAUAGCAGUUCGCCCAGACUAAGUCGAUUCGCUCGAAGCGUAUUUGUCGUUCUUUAAACCUGAAAAAAGGGAAUAUGCAUGGAAAGACAGUGACUGCACAUGUGGAAUCCAAGGGCAACUAAAAUAACACCUCUAAAGGCAUUUUCACCAUGUUGUAGAGUGUUGUAUGUCAUCGCGCGAAUCGGCCUGGCGAACACCGUCGGAAGAAACGACCGUACUUCGGUAAGUGUGUCGCUAACGGAAGCACUUAGUAUAGUUGUCACUACCGAGUCGGAAAAGAAGCGAGAACGGAAGCAGCAUAUCUUAUUGGGGGCAUAAAUGGUGCAAGGGGUAGAGCCCUUGCCUCUCACCGAUGCGGCUCGGGUUCAACUCUCGGUGUCGACGCGCAAUGUGGGUUAAUUUUGUCGUUGGUUUGUCCCUAUUUAUACUUUGCUCGUGCAGUUCGCGUAAAGAACAAAAGUAAGGUUUACAUGGAAUUCUAACCAAAACGGACGUCAAAAAAAUAUUGAAGUACCUUUCAUAGGGGCCUGUUGAAACUUGACAAAGAUUAAAGAUCUUUUUCUCAUUUCUCUAAAAAUGUUUGUGGACCCUGGUGAGUCCCUCCAAGAGGGUAUUGAUGAACCCAAAAAACUGUAGUGUUUUCGGGAAGUAGUCGUGAAAUAUUCUUCAGAGAAAUCAAUUCUUGAUAACCAUUUGUAUGCUUUGUAGGCUUUGGAUGUUUUAAUGGAGGAACUGACAGCGCAUUUGGACGAAGACAUGCCAGAUUUACUUCAACGUGAAAGAGAGAGGAACAAAUUGGACCUUUAAGGACACGUUAUAAUAUGAGUAAGAAUCCGAGAGAGUUUUCAUUUCAAAAUUUGCCUUCGAAAUUGAAAAGUUACCGGACCUUUCGAGAAACGGGUCCCUGGUCCGUCCGUUCAUUACUACCUUGGAUGGGUAGGCCGGCAUGGAAGCUGCAUAUCGGCUUCAUCGUCCCACCACCCAGUCUCCUUCGCAGCCGUUAUUAGGGUCGUCACGCAACGCUCCUCCCCACUGUAGGGGGGAGGGGGGAGCGUAGCGUGACGACCCUAAUAACGGCUGCAAAGGAGACUACUCACAACCAGUCAGAGAAAAAAAGUCAGUUAUUCUCUACGUGCAGUUAGCCAGUCCCUGCUGAGUCCGCCGUAAAGACCUUUCCACUUCUAAUCUGUUGAUUCCACCAGCCUGACAAACAGUAAGACACUUACCUGCUUUGUUAGGAAGAGAGCAUGUAAGUCAAUCAGGGAAUCAUUUAGUCAGUAAUUCUCUUUACUUUUAUACGGCUGGCUCAUCGAGAGGGCAAUAUGCAGAGAAUCCUAGCUGUGUACCCUGCGAGCAGAACUACGCGACUAACAUGCAACGCGAACGACUCGGUAAAUGGUAAAAGGCAUGCAGCACCUCUGCUCGCCGGGUGUUUUUUCCCCGUGGAAUUGGAUAUUUAACGGCCCUUGUGCGCAUGCAAAAAUUGGACUUUGUUUCCAGGCUAGUAUUUUCUUCAAAGAGAGGUAGAUCUUCUGUUUCAUAAAAAUAAAAGUAACAACCACCGU